ACGUGACUUUCUGGGUGUUUCUUAACACUCGUGUCACAUGAUCGUGCCAGUGUUUUUGUUAAGUGUUGAAGGCGAGUGCAGUUAACCGCACAGCUAGCGGACAACUGCUGAGCCAUCCCGAGGAAACCAACAGAAACAUGGUGCAAAUCUGUCGUGUCCAGUCAUGGUUUGUGGGAGUAACGCCGCUCCUCAUUUUCGCGACUGUCCUGCACCAGGGCUUUGCUACUGUUGCCCCGCCCACUCCCGCGCCACACAAAGAACCCGGAAGACCUGAAAGAGGAUACUACAACGUCACGAAUCACAACGGCACCAUCUGUUUAAUGGCAUACAUGGGCCUCCAGCUCAACAUCUCAUACAACUCCACCUCCCAGAAAAAGGUUGUCCAGGAUGUGAUGAACCUACAGCCCAAUUUGACAAAGCACUCUGGAUUAUGUGAUUCUGACAUCGCCUCCCUGAACCUCACAGUGGAUGCUGUUAAAACCAACCUCACCUUUGUCUUCACUAUGAACUCCACAUCCAACAAGUACCACUUAAGUGAAGUGACCGUGUCAGCGGCUUGGCCGGAAAUGAAAGAGCCCGUUUCAGUCCAUAACAGCAGUCUGGACUACCUGCGGGGAACCGUGGGGUACUCGUACUUCUGCCGUGACGAGCAGACUCUAAACGUGGCCCAGAAUUUGUCCAUCAACACCUUCCAGUUGCAGGUGCAGCCUUUCGCAGUUAAAGGAGAUCAGUUUGGAGCAGCUGAGGAAUGCCAGCUGGAUGAAGAUGACAUGUUGAUCCCCAUCGUAGUCGGAGCAGCUUUAGCGGGGCUCGUUGUCAUCGUACUUUUGGCCUACCUCAUUGGGAGGAAGAGGAGCCACGCUGGCUACCAGAGCAUCUGAGGUCACUCCUUACUCACAUGUCGUCAGAGGCCUGAACGCGGCCCUACCCUACCUGAAAAUUAACCACUGUCUUACGAGACUUAAAGCUCGCCCCUCUUCCCCUCCAUGUUUCUCUCCCUGCCUCUGUGUGUGUGUGCUGUUCUUUGCCUUCAUAAGUAACACUAAUAAUUAUCACCAUGUCGAGGUUCAUAUGUGCUUUCUGAACUGACCCGCUCUUUCUUAAAAAAGGGAAUUAUUUAGAAGAUAGUAAUGAAAUGAGGCCAACUUCUCACUGGUACUAUGUAAAGGAGGGGUGCAUGUUUGCAGAGGGUCAAUUAUAGUCCUCGGGUUGCUAUUUAUGAUUUCUGUGAAAGGAAUUUUGAGGGAUUUGGGGAUUUAGAAGGGGGGGUUUGUUUGUUACGGGAUGACCAUUUUUAUUGGUCCAGCAUAAAAUGAGGUUUGCUGUUAUAAAGGGAAUAUUUCUGCCAGUUAUACUUAAACUACGUCGGACAGUUGAGAGCUGAACUGAUUAUUUACCUGCAAGCUGUAUGCACGUUUGAAAGAACAUAUUUAGAAACACAAUAACCUAAUCCUAAAAAGGAUGUGUGAGGAGUCCUCUUGUAGCUCUAAGAUGCAUUUUAGAAUUAACUUUCUUUUUUUUAAGCAGGGUUAGUGUUUCAAAGCUUUUCACUCCCUCUUUUGGACACACAGCAUAUUUUCUGUUGUGAGUCAAUUUUAGUUUCAUUCAGCUUGUGGAAAUGGACUCAUUUGCUUGCUUUCAGAGUUAUGAGACACAUUUAUAUUUACUAAAUUUAAAGCUACAGCCAGAAGACUUAACGUGGCAUUAAAAUUGGAAAUGGAAACCCUUAAAACUCUGUAAGUCAACCAUUAACUUUGUACACACUCUGAACUUUAUUGAGUGUGAAAUUAGUGAAUAUGCCUGGCCAGGCUCGUACUCCCACUGUAAAAUACCUGUGUAUUAUUUUUACAUAGAAUGAGUUGGUCACCUCAUGUGUUGUGGCCGUUAAGGCGUAGGUAACCUUUGCAGUAUUUUCCUGAAUGGCAACUGUCACCACUCACAAUACCGCGACAUAAGCACUGAUAUUGGAAGAGAAGACGUCAAAACCGAAAGCAAGGACUUUGCGGAAAGUUUUUUGCACGAGGUCACCACUUUUAAACUUUUGCAACAUCUCCCUGCAUAUAUCUGUAAAUCUUUGAGCUGCUGUAGUUUAAUAUCAAUAAAAUGGCGGUACAUACUAACACGAUCGUACAGUUGUGUCUUCAACUCAUCUGCAGCGGUCGUGGCGCAAUGUGCACCGACACCAAAACGGCGGCAGGGGCCAAUAGUUGUGACAUCAUUUCCGGCACGCACUGCUGUUCAACAGGGGGAGCAUUAAAACACUGACCUACCUUCUCCUCUUGCUUCCGUUCUUAACCAACAUACAGUCUUUGGCUGUAGCUUUGCACUGACCAGCCACAACAUCAAAACCACUGGCAGCUGAAGUGAACCGUGAUGUUUAUUUAAUUUCAGUGCAGUGUUCUGCCGGGAAGGGUUUGGCACUACAAGUCAUGUGGAAGUCUCUGUAGCUUGAGUUAAAGGCAACUGGACUUCUUUUGCAGGGACUUUGAAGCUUCUUUAUUUCUAAAAGCUGGUGGAGAGUCAUAGGUGACUUCUGAUCAGGUACUAGGAACUCCCUAGAUCUAAAAAAAGGAACCCUUAGAGCUAAAAAAAAGAAAAUCCAGCUGCCUUCAACUGAAGUCAAGACAAUUUGUGUCGAUGUUACUUUAAUCUGCAGCAUAAACCUUACUGGAAAUUCAGCACAAACCAGGAUAGCAUCUGCAUCUCCCUGCAGAACAAUCCACCACACUACACUCUAGAAACAUUUCACGAAUGGCUUGAGGAACAUGACAAAGUGCCAAAGGUGUUGACCUGGCCCUCAAGCUCCCCAGAGCCCAAACAGAUGUGCCAGAAAUGCACAUGUGUCAGUGCCCCAGCGGUAAAUGAUCUGAUACUUAUAUAGUUCUUUGCCACUGAAUUUGAGCACUCAAAGUGCUUCCUACUACAAACCUCAUUGAGCCAUUCACACACAUUCAUAGAAAGUGCUUUUUUUCUAUGACUAAGCACUUUUUAAUCUAACCUAACACACACUCCCAGUCUGAGAAACUCAGGGUUCAGCAUUUGGCCUGAGGAUUGCCCAGAGAUUGAAUCAGCGAUCUCUCGCUUCACAGAUGAUUUACUCAGCGUCAGUGCCAGUGACUCUAUUUUGGUGGCACAAGGGGGACGUGCCAUUUUAGACAUCUGGUUUUAAAGUUGUGGCUGACUGGUGUAUAUUCACUGUGUAGAUAAAGAAAGAGUUUAUUUCCCACAAGGCUGAUAGUCACUCCUAUAAAUUCUGCUGUUACAACACAACCAAAACAGGAUCUAAUAGCAUUGUUGGUCUAAAUGAAGCCCAAAGCCUAAACAUCUCUGUAGGAACUUCCAACAAAAUUCCUACAGAGAUGGUUUUGUUUUGCUUGGGAUGUUGGUUCCUGAAAGAAAAGCAGUUUAACUGAAGUCCUGAGAAACAGCCCCGUGUCAUUAUUAAAAAGGCCAAAAUGCUCUGGUCAGUGUUCAUCAGUGCCUUCCCAGCUGUAACAUGGAUGGGAUUCAAGUAAUGCUAAUAUCACACAGGAACUCGCUCACUCACCUACACUGUGCUGCCAUAACCGAGACAUGUUUGUGUCUCCCGUAGCCUUCGUGUACUGUUACUACCAUAAAAAUGCAUUGUUCUAUGUAGUAGGAAAAAGCACAGAUAAUUUGUGUUUUUGUGGUUUUUUCCAUCCCUCAUGUUAAUACUCAUGUAGUUAUUUAAUAAAGUUUUAUUAGAUUUGUCUGAACAUUUUUUUUAAGGAGAGGUCAAUAAAAGUGAUGAAUGAGGCCA